CCUCGGCACGUCUCAGUCAACCAGGGUCGCUGUCGAUGACAGUCCCCUCGACAUGGCAAACCCUGAACCCGUACCCAAGAGCAACCCCAUACCCGGCAAUCGCAUCGACUCUCAAUCGCUCGACAAGGCUCUUUCAGGCCCCCGCAUUCCAGGUUUACAAGCGGAGUUCCCCCUUCGCAAAGCGUUCUACAACUCAAACACGACGGUCUACACCAACCAUUUCGCCAUCAAGCUCGAUCCUAAUAUGCCGUUGUAUGAGUAUGAGAUCAAGGGGCUGCCAGGAAAGCUCGGCAAGAAGACUGCUAAAAUCCUGGUACGAGAAAUGAUCAACAAACUUGACUUCCUGAGGAAUCACCAGGACGAGUUCGCAACAGAUCAUUGUAAGACCCUUGUUUCGUGGGUCAAUUUACCCGACACGACUUUGGCACCUGUAUCUGUAUCUUCGGAGGAGGGCAAGGAACUUGUCAUCCUGCAGCUUCAGAGGAAGGGUGAAGUGAACACGGCUCUUCUCAAACAGUAUGCUGAGGGCAAGGCCCAGCCGAAUAAGGCCGUCAACGAUAAGAUCUUAUCGGUCAAUGAAGCCUUGAAUAUGGUCAUCUCCAAGGCUCUCAGUCGAGACUCCUUUUCUCUGAAAGCUAACAAGUUCUUCGUUACGGGAGGUCAUACUCGUCUUGGCGACUCUCUCUGUACGAUGCGAGGAUACUUUUACUCGAUUAAACCGGGUAUGGGCCAGAUUCUGCUCAAUCUUAACGCAUGCACAAGCGCCUUCUAUCAACCUGUGCUCGUCAGUAAGUUUCUACUUGACAACAACACAAUCAGGGACCAAGAGGAGCGCUUAUCAGUGUUGCGAGGCCUGAGGGUGCAUUUAACAUACGAUCCCAAGCACAGUGGCGUGGAAGCAAGAUCCCGAGCUGCCACAAUUGAGGCCUACAUGAAGACGAUCGAAGAGACCGGGCUCCCGUGUCUCCGACAGACAUUCAAUCAUAAGGGCCGAGACGGCAAGCCGGAUGAGAAGCCGACCGUUCAGCAGUACUUUCAGAAAACCUACAAAAAGACGCUACAGUAUCCUCAGCUACCGGCUAUCAAUUGCGGCACGAAGCUAAAACCUCUCUGGUAUCCUGCAGAGGUCCUCCAGAUCCUCCCAUAUCAGAUCUACAAGCGCAAAGUACCCGACGGUUUGACCAAGGAUAUGCUUGAUAUUGCUUGCCACCCCCCGAAAGACACCCGAGCACUCAUCGAGCACGAGGGUCUACGGAAAUUGGGUCUCAGCUCUUCGCCCGGUUUCGCCCGGUUUUCUGCCUGUCCUCCUAUCAUGAUCGAUUCGCGCAUGCUUCAAAUCCCUGCAGCUAUCUUGCCAUACCCGACACCAAACUAUGGCAACGGAAUUGUGAAUUGGAGUAACCCGAGAGACGCAAGGGAUUCAAAAUGGAACCUGAUGGGCCGCAAGUUCUUACAAGCUAGCGCUCAAACGCCAUUCAAAGUCUUCAUGGUCGUUGUCCCUCGCGAUGGUGGCAGGUCCAAGCUGCAGAGCCAGCCUGCCGUCUUGCAACAGGUUUGGAAGGGUUUUUCCACAGCCGCGCAGCACACCUAUGCCACUGGAAAGUUCACAUAUGUCGGAGACACUACAUGCCCCCCAUUUGCCCAGCCUCAGAUUGCUCAAAAGGUCAUGGCCAUGGCGAAAGACAAAGGCGCCAACCUCGUUCUCCUGCUUUUGGAGGCCAAGAGCACAACGGCGUACUCGAUUUUCAAGGACCUGGCAGAUCGCACCUAUGAUAUGCACUCUCUUUGCGCCGUCUACAAAGAGGAUAGAACAGGGAGACCAUUUGGUGACCAAUACUGGGGGAACGUGAUGAUGAAGAUCAAUCUCAAGGCUGGCGGUGUCAAUCACACUGUUACGAAGGUCGCGGAAAUAAUGAAGGACACUCUAGUCCUCGGAGCUGAUGUCACCCACCCCGGUCCAGGCUCGCUUCAAGGAACGCCAUCGAUCGCAGCCAUAGUUGGUUCUGUCGAUCAACUUGGAGGGAAGUUCCUUGGAUCAAUGCGCCUUCAACCAAGAGACACAGCAUGCGAGGAUAUCAAAGACGUCGAAGACAUGGUACUUGAGCGCAUCAAGGCUUGGGUCUCCGUCAACAAGACCCUGCCCAAGAACAUCCUCUACUACCGAGAUGGCGUGAGCUCUUCGCAAUACUCUCAGGUCAGGGAGAAUGAACUCCCUCAGAUUCGCAAAGCGUUCGCAGCAGCCGCAAAACAGGCCAACAUGAUGAUAGUCCCGAAGUUCAAGCUCACGGCUAUCGUGGUCGCGAAGCGCCAUCAUGUACGCUUCCUCCCUCCAUCGAAUGACGCAAAGGAUGCCAUGUCGAAGAACGGCAAUUGCAAGCCGGGCACUCUCGUUGACACCGUUGUCACCUCGCCAUAUUUCCAGGAUUUCUACCUCCAAUCGCAUGACGGACUCAAAGGCACAGCGAAGCCGGCUCAUUACUUUGUCCUGGAGAAUGAGAUGGGCAAAACGGAGAAGGAAUUGCAAGAAUUCACUCACCAACUCUGUUACACGUAUGUUCGCGCAACUAUGGGCGUCUCUUAUGCUCCUCCCGCGUACUACGCAGAUCGUCUCUGUGAGCGCGGCCGAUGCUAUCUCCGCCCCUUCCUUGCCCCUUCACAGGACUUCGCCAACAGGCACAAGAAAAUGCGGUUCAAUGUAGAACAGGAGAUCAAAGCCGAGCGCGAGACUAAGUUCAGGGGCGAACGAACAACCGACAGCAUGGGCAUGGUAGUCAAGUCUGCAGAAGAGAAGAAGCAAGAGGAGACAGACCGUGAUAGAGCAGAGAUGGUAGUCAAGAGAAACACAUUUGAGAGCGCGAAAGCGACGUUCUACGGAUCGGACAUAGUGCGUAAUCCUUGGAAGGAUGCGAUCGGAAAGACUAUGUUUUGGAUGUAGAUAUACCACGUCAAAGAGAUUAGGAAGGGGUUUGUGCGACUGGGAUGAGAAUUAAGUACGUAGUGGGUUCUGCGCAGGACUUGUUGUUCGUCGUAUUGUUCCUUUCCGGUAUGCGCGGUUUUUCACAGCUGGUAAUCGUCAUUAUUGACAUCAACAUGUUCUCGUCUCACGCUUCUUACAUCGUUUUUAUCAAUGUUGCUUCCACAUCUCACGUCUUCUUGAGCCUCAAGCAAAAUUCAAUUCCGUCACUCAGGCCGCUGUUGCC